ACACAGCACUCACACAGUUAACACUAUUAAAUGACAUAGAAUAGUGCAUAAUUAUGCAAAGUAGGAUUCACCUUUCAUUUUUUUGGUUAAUUAAAUGCAUCAUCCAGGUGUUUGAAGUGCACUUCUUCAGCGUGGAUGGAUCCUGAUGCUCUGAUGUUCUGUGUUUGUGCUCCAGGCGCUGAUAUUGUGGGUGUGAACUGUCACUUUGACCCCAUGACCUGUGUGAAGACCGUGGCCAUGAUGAAGGCCGGUGUGGAGAAAGCUGGUCUGAAAGCACAUUAUAUGACGCAGCCGCUGGCGUAUCACACACCAGACUGCUGCUGCCAGGGAUUCAUCGACCUGCCAGAGUUCCCCUUCGCUCUGGAGCCGCGGAUCCUCACGCGCUGGGAGAUGCAGCAUUACGCCAGAGAGGCCUAUAAGGCGGGAAUCCGUUACAUCGGCGGCUGCUGUGGGUUCGAGCCGUACCACAUCCGUGCCGUGGCCGAGGAGCUGGCAACCGAGAGAGGAAUCCUGCCCGAAGCCUCUCAGAAACAUGGAGUGUGGGGCAGCGGCCUGGAGAUGCACACCAAACCCUGGGUCCGAGCCAGGGCGCGUCGUGAUUACUGGGAGCGGCUGAAGCCGGCGUCUGGUCGCCCGCUGUGUCCCUCCAUGUCCACUCCUGACAGCUGGGGGGUCACCAAAGGUCACACCGAGCUCAUGCAGCAGAAGGAGGCCACGACCGCGGAGCAGCUGCGUCCGCUCUUCCGGAAAGCCGACGGCAAACACUGAGGGUCAGAGGUCGAGCCGCGCCGCAUUUAGAAACCUGCGGUACUACAGGAGACACUUAGAGAAAUAAUCUGUCUACCUCUUUCCUUCCUUAUUGUAUGUUUACAAACGCUGAUUUCAUGAAUAGGAUUGUCUACUUCAGCAGGACCAGAAGCUCUUUAGAAACCAGAUUAAGUGUAAUUGUGCCGUUAGAGGCUAUUCUGUAUUUGAUUGCUUUCUGAGCCGCCGCGCAUCACGCUAACAUCACGGAUCGGUCACAUGACCCAUGUGGCGGAGCUGCAUUCCAGAUGUUCGGAACACUCCAGUCCGACCAGAGCUUCCAUUCAAGAGUCGGAUUCCUGAUGCUCAAUAAAAACUCAUCAUGAUCUCAA